ACAGAAUUUUUUCCAUCAUGAUGGUAUCUAUAAAAAUAACGUUUCGAACGUAUCGAUAAUCAUUUUUCUAAAGCACUCCAAUCAAUUCAUAAUGUUCUUCAACGUAGGUUUAAGCGUACCAUUGGUCACCACCAAUGCCUAUAUGACAAUGUGCAGCUGUUAUGGUUAUCCAUUACAACAUCGUUGUUGUCGCCGAUGUUAUCAGAUGAAUGUGGCUGGUUAUCCUGCAAUUGUUCCAACACCAAUCGUACCGGCUAUAGUUCCAUCGGUAUCGAUUAUAAGCCAUACCACAAGAGUCUGUGCACCGCCAGCACCUGUAAUUGUACAACGUCCUUGUUCAUAUCCGCGAAGAUCAUCCGUUUGUUCAAAUCGACGACGAUGAUGCUGCCGCCACCAUUGCUACUACGACGACAAAAACGAAAACAUCAUCAAUCAAUUUCAACAAUCAUUUAACGUAGGCGUAUUCUAUAUAGUAUGGUAUAUGGAAUUU